CUACAUUUAAGUAGAAUUGUUGAACGUUAGCAAACAAGCCUCCUGAUUACUAUGUUUUGGACGAAAAGUUUUAUUAAUUUAAUGUUUUUGUAUAUUGUAUUCUGUCCAUGAGCGUAACAGAGACAGACAAAAAAGGGAGAGAUACGAUACUCAGAUACAGGGCCCGCAGGCUAAGAGACAAAGAGGGCGAGAACGAUCUAAAGGCGGGUGCGAGCGAGAGAGCGCUUGCCGCAUGCACACAUAAAUCUCUGUAGAUAUGUACAUACAUAUAUAGUCAAAAAAAAAGCAAGUCGAAAAUUCGCUACUUGAUUCUGCGAAACUUCAACGAUUUUUUGUACCUAUAUAUGUACUCACCAACCGCUGCGUCAUCAAAACGUAUACAUCAUAUGUAUGUCAAUAUAUAUAUGUAUUGCGGCUUUUGCCUUAUGCAUAUGCUUAUAUAUAUAUAUUUAUUCACCUACUGUACCACUUCCACAUUAUCAGUCUUCAAAAAGGAAUCAUUUCGCAGAUUUUUUACAAGUUCUACCGCCAGUGUAAUCUAUAAAUGUCAUCCAUUAUGGCUGAUGCGCCCAUUAACGAUUUGGAGGAGGAUUUAGAAGAUGGUGAGAUUGACGAUGACGAAGAGGACGAGAAAGAGCAAUCGCCACGUAAGAUCCUGGAAUACAGAAAGAUUUCCCCGGCGGCUAAUGACGGGCAGUUUGUUGGCGUGGAUGUAAAAAACCAAACAGGCGGCGAGGAUGGUGGGUAUAUCGGAUUAUUAUCAGAUUCUGGGGGCCCGCAAAAUAAUAAGAGCAGUAAAUCAAAAAAACCGAGGCCAUUGGAAGAUGAUCAUGCUAGCAGCAUAGAAAAUGCUAUUGCUAAUGCCCUGAAAAAGAAGGGCAUUGAACCGCCAAUGCCCAGAAUGCGUUCGUCGAACCAGGAUAUGGGUGAUGGUUCUCUGGAGGGAUCUGGGGAGGGAUUUCCUGUCGGCGGAAAUCAUCUCCAGCAGCCAAGUCGUAGCAGCAGGCGAAGAAAACGAAAAAAAGAACGCGAACGCGAACAAAAGGACAAAGAACACCAGAAACGAUUCUGCCGGGAAGGUGAGAAAGUCUCUUGUGUGGCGGGCAGUGCUUGUAGUGAUGACAUGGAUGAAUAUGAGAUGAUGAACGUACGGGGUGGCAGUCCGCCUCCCGGAGGAGUAGCUCCGUCUUCAUCUGGUGGUAGUGGUGGUCAACGUUUUUGCGGUCCCGAUUGGGACUCUGGCGAUGGGUCAGCCUUGGGCGCAGAAGCAGGCCUUGGAGCAGGAGGAGGAGGAGGUUAUGACUCGCAGCAGGAUCCCUACAGCAGCUAUGAUUCCUAUUCCGAAGAGGAGUCACCUGUACCGGGUUCGAUAAAUCAGCGGCGUCGAAUGCGAAGAGAUAGAGAAAAGGAGCAACAACGUGGGGGCAAUACUCGCAAGCGAAGAGAUCGCGAUCGCCAUGAGGGCGGGGGGGCUGGAGGAGUCAAGCGAAAUCGCCGCGAUUCUGGGGAAGGUGUUUGCGGAGGACAGGAGAAAAUGGGUGGCAGUGGUCGCAUUGAACCCCGAAAAUUGGAACUGUGCAAGUUUUAUCUCAUGGACUGCUGUGCUAAACGGGACAAAUGCUCCUAUAUGCAUAAGGAGUUUCCUUGCAAGUACUAUUACCUGGGCAUGGAUUGCUAUGCCGGUGACGAUUGUCUGUUUCAUCACGGCGAACCGUUAACCGAACAACUGCGCAACAUUCUACUCAAACACAUGGAGACAGCACCAAAAGAGAUACUUGGUGAUUUCAAAAGAAUAUCGAGAGAUAUUGCUCUCGGACAGAUGACGCGACGGCACGAACAAUUGUGUGAUAAAUACAAACGGGAGAACACCUGGACUAUGAUUGGGAGUGGCGGAAUGUGUAGGCGGCAGGAUCAACAACAACACAUGCAGAUGCAACCACAGCAACAGCAACAAGACCAACAACAACAGUUGCAGUUGCAGCAACAGGCCACUGCAGAGGGCGGCGGCUGCAUUCCCUCACUUUUGGACAUGGUUAUUAAUCCACCGCACUCAAAAAAGAAACGUAAAUCCCGCUGGGCGGCGACAAAGUCAGUUGUUGGAGGAGCAGUUUCUUCAGAUGUGGAAAACAAAUUGCCAGCUACCAAACCAUUACCCCCACAUUUAGACUUAUCCAAUCUUAGUCACGUUUUAAGUACUGAAAACAUGGCUAAGCUAAAUAAGUUGGGAAUUUCGAAUUUAGAGCAAAUGAUGCAGGUGCCCUUUGGUCAGUUAACCGAAGCGGGUUUAACGCUGGUCGAAAUCGGUGAAAUUCAGCGCAAGGCCGAGGACGCUAAGCCACAAACCCAGGCCGAAACGGCAACAAGUACUCCCAUUGCCAAGCCAGAAACAGAGGCCAACAAUAGCAACUCUAACAGCAAUGGUUUCAUUAUGGUGGACUAUACGCAGUAUCUCAAGGAUGCACAUGUCACUUUUUCGGGUAACGAUCCGCUUGACGACGACCGGGACGACGAAGAACAACUGGUCAUAGAUGAUGGCAAUGAGUCUGUCGCCGAGGAGGAACAGCAGCCAAAGCCGGCAAAGGAGCCUGUAAAGGAGCCAGCAAAGGAGCCGUUGAAUAAGUUGUCUGUCGCUUGUCAGAAUUCCGCCACAGAGGAGGCACCCUUGCCAUCUGUUUUUGAUUUGCCCAGCUUCAUGAACAACAUGCUAGGCAAGGCAUCCGCAGCAAGCCCAAUAUUGCCAGCAAGUGCAACCUCCCCCAAUCAGGAGAUUUCGCAAGUGAGUGGAGAAGAGAAACCGGAACUCAAACCCACAUCCAGCAGCGCAAGCACCUCCAGCAAUGUGUUCAGUCGGAUUUUAUUUGGUGACAAACAAUCAGAUCCCGAGGCUAGAGCGGCUUUCUACCGCGACAUUAUUCGCAAUCCUUUUAAGGCGCACAGUGGCGAUGGCGAUGCGGGCUCCAGUAAUGACAACUCCAAUUCGAAUUCACGGUCCCUGACGCCGACGCCAACCCCGGAGCCGGGGUCUCAGUCGCCCAAGCAAAAAGACCAAGAUCAUGAGAUGCUGGAUUUGCAUGGCAUUGUAGCUGCGUUGCCGGCAACAGCUCCCUCCCUUUACCUGCGACCUUCCAUGUAUGAUUUUGAUCCUUCGAAGGUAGAAGAACUGCAGCAGGGGAAAGAGUCUGUCUUGGAGGAAGACGAACAGCACCAGCGUGAUACAGAUAUGCGUCUGCCGUUCGAGCCCAUAAAGCACUAUAUGCCUGCCACCGAGAUUGAUGCGGCUAUCUUCUCGCACACUCCGCUACAUUGGGUGUUGCAUGAGGUGUCCGUGGAUGAGACCAGUUAUACUCAGAUCAGGGCCAGCGCUCUGCACAAAGAGCAAAGGGAUCUACGGGACCCUCGUAUGCGUCGUUUACUGGGUCUGCCUGAUCUUCCUGACAAUAGUGGACCCAUGGAUUCAACGACUUUUUCGGGAGGCAGCUCCUUGUCCGGGGCUACCAUAGCUUCACCGGAGUCGGAAACAAAUAUACGUGAUGCUACGCCCAGUUCACCGCCCCCGUCGUUGGCCAUUUUACCUUCCAUGAGUGUCCCACCGCCAUCGAUGAGCGUACCGCCUCCGAAUUUACAAGUAGAAAAACAUGGACCACGAACAGACCCACGUCGAGAUCCCAGGAGGGCCCAUCUGCAGACUCAAAAUCAACCUGCAAAUUCGACGAGCAUCACAUCUUCUACUACCAUCAAUGUCGCUGGAGGCAGUAAGCAAAUCUCCGAAAUCCGAAACCUGAUGCAGAGUUCCACAUGGUACAAAAAUCUUGGCAGCAACAAUAAGAUCAUGGUAAAUCAACAGUUAGCUCUGGUGUUUACUGAACUUAAGAAAUUUCAUCAGCUGCCCGAGGAUGCCCCAAAAAUUUUUGAUGUCAGCUUUAUUGUGAACAAUCCAACAUUGCAACAAAUUUUUGCUAAGCUCUCUAUCUAUGUGGAUGACAAUGGUCAGGUAGUGCAGGUGCCAGAGGAGAAUAGCGGUGGUAGUGGGGUUGGGCAAGCGGCAGGAGGAGUUGUUCUGCCCAAUUUGUCGCAACCACCACCGAAUUUGGCCCAAAUGUUAAGACUACCACCACCAAAUAUUCGGAUGCUACGUAUGUCCGGAAUGAUGAUGCAAAUGGGCAAUCUUGGACCGCCUUUUAAUCAGCCACCACCGCGAGCUGGACUACUGGGAAUGCCACCAGGAGUUAGUGGAGGGAACCAAGGAAUAGGAAACCUAGGAGGACUAAAUCAUGGAGGAGGACCAGUGCCAAAUGGCAAUCCUUUUAACCCUUUUGCAGGCGGAGCAGUCAACAAUGCAGGUGGUGCUGGCGGUAUGAGCAAUAUGGGUAAUAUGGGCGUACCCUUUACAAACUUCAAUAAUGGAAACAAUAACAACAAUGGGGGUGGAAGAGGUGGACACUUUUCAGGCGGAGGAUCAGGUGGCAACGGCAAUGGAAACAAUCGCAAUCAGCGAGGCGGCAAUCAGCGAAAUCGCAACAUGUAAAAACGAAUAUGUCUCCAGAAACAACCUACAACACAAAAAAGACUUGUUAUGCCAAAAUUAUGUUGAUGUUACGCCCAAUGUACCCUUUCACUCUUCUCUAUUCACUUGCCUACAUCAUAAUUAUCCAAUCCUCCAAGGGAUAACUUGUUUUUUCGCUCAUAUUUUAAUGAAAAUUUGGGCUUCGACUGCUUUGUACAUUGUAAUCUAUUCCUUAAAUCCCCAUUUUUGUCACUAUUAUUUUUUUUUGAUAGGUGUACUUUUUAGCAUUACUACGUAAUUAUAAAUGUAGAUAAAACGAAAGAGAAAAUUAAAAAAGAAAAACUGAGGAACAGGAACAAAAAGCGAUGUAAAAAUGGUAUGCAACCUUUUUACUGAAUUUUUUUUUUGAUAAUGUAGGCUUAGCUGAUCAUAUGUGCGUGUACUACAUUGAUAAUCUAGACAUAAAAACUACAAAUAAAUCACAUGAUUUUAGUAAUAUGGCA